GGGGAGCGCCCGGGGGCCGCGCGAGGGGAGCCCCGCGCCGAGGGGAGCCCCGCGGCAGGGCGGCCGGUGCGAGCCGAGCGGGCGGCAGCGCCAGGCAGGUGGGGGCGACGGGGGGGGGGGACCGCGAGAGGAGCGGCGGGGAGGGGGGGGAUAGGAAAGGGAAGGUCUCCCCUCACCUCCCCCCCUCCCCUUCCGCCCGGCGCCUUGAUGUAUAGGCAGGAGCCAUUUUGUGUACGUUGGGCUCUGCGAGAGGCGCUCGGCAGGGAGAGGUUGUUAAAAUGUCCCUGGGGAGCCGGCGGGCCGGGCCGCCUCUUUCCUUCCCUCGCAGUUCCCCCUGAGUCGGCGCCGGCGGAGUUCGGCCGCCUCACGCGCGGACGGAGCGGAAGGCUGCUGCUGAGAGGAGACCUCAGGAAGCCGUUGGAGGGCUCAGGGACUGAAGCAAAGGAUGACACAGCAGGGAGCUGUUCUUCAGGGCUACAACAAUGAGCUCGUCAAGUGUAUUGAAGACUUGUGUAUGCAAAAAGAGGAGCUGAACAAAGAGAUUCAGCAAGCAGAGGAGGAAAAAAGUAAACUCCAGCACGAAAUUCAAGUCCUGAAUGAACAGUUGGAGUGUGUGUGUGAAAACCUGGCUCAGAAGGUAGCUUCACGGAAUGAGCUUGACAAAAUUCUUGCUGAAACUGAAGCUGCUUACAUGAAGAUUUUGGAUAGUUCCAGAACUUUGCUUAAUGUCCUAAAGAAGGAAGUGGGAAGCUUAAAGCAUACGCCAGAACUGAAAAGUAAUCUGACCUGAAGCUGUCAAAUGUCUGUACUUCCCAGUUCUAAAAUACCACUAGGUGAGAUGAGGUCAGACACAGAAGCCUACAACAGCAGUAUAAGCUGAGGGGCCUUUCUUCCAACCUUUCCACAUUUCCCAUCAUUUUUAUUUGCAUUAGAAAAACUGUAGAUAGAACAGGUGAAAUAAAGUUGCUGUUUUCUUAUGAAAAAAAAUCAGUCUUAUAUAAUUGCUUAAAUCACUGCAAAACUAUAUUGCAGGUACGUAGCUGAGCUAGAUUUCAGGCUGUCUGUUUUGACAUCCUGAUCCUUCAAGGCUCUUCUGAAAGACAGGAAAAAUGUUUUACUCGCUAGCUUUUGGAAGGUUACUGUGGAAUGCCUGUUUGAUGGAAUACUGCUUUAAAUCUGGACAGAAUGCUUGCAUUUUUUCCAUUGCUCUUUUCCCCAAAGCUGUGUUCAUGGCUUCUCUGAAAUCCUGCUGUCUUUCUCCCAUAUGCUUUUUUUUCUCCCUACCUACAUGUCUAGAAAGAAAACCACUAUAGAACUAGCGAAUGCAAAUAGCUUAUACUUGUUGCUUUACUUUUAGGGACCAAAUAUGAACUAGCUAUUAGCCUUCUUAAGGAGUCUGGAGUUCUCUCUGUGAUCCAUGUACGGCCCCUGUUUACAAUCAUCUCUUAGCUGGAAUUUUGGAGGGAUAAUUGGAGAAAACAUGAUUUAAGUAGGGUAUGAAAGCUUAAACUGUAAGACCAUGUCAGGUUUAUGUAUCUUCUGAAGCUGUACUCUAAAGCCUUGGUUAGAAAGGAGUUAUGCUAAGGUGCGAGGUGGAUUUGAGUGCAAGUGGGAGGCAUGCCCUUGCAGGGCACAGUGCUGCAGGGAGCUGUACCAUAUAAAUGAGGGCCAACUAAUAUUGCAGUAAGGCUGGAAAGAAUAGUGUGCAACCUGGAGUGGAGAGAAAUAAAUGCAUGUGAAAGGUCAGAAUUAGAUCAGUAGUAAACAUGCAGCUGUUAGAUGUUCUUGUAGGUGAGAUUAAAUAGAACCCAAGUCAGAGAAUGGAGAGGAGGUAAGAGUAAAGCAGAAAUCUCAGUCUUGUUUCCUGUUUGUGGUAGUUACUAAGUAUGUGUGCACACGCCUUUUGUCCUGCACAUUCGUGUAUUGUGGCAGCAGCUUUAUGUUUCAGUGAAGCCUUCAUAACAAUUCGCUAAAUGGGAGCAAAUGCAAUUGCAAUCUCUUUUCUUGAUAACUGUGUCUCUCAGGUGCACGUAUCAAGAGUAUGCAGCUAUGAAUAGUUUCAGUAAUACCAAUAAUUAUAAACAAAUUUUAUGUCCUGAUUGCCAUGCUACAUCUUCUGCAGCGGGGAUUAGUGAGACCGAGCUAAUCAACAAUUUACUUGUAUAGCUUUGCCACCGGCUUCCCCUGAGUAAUGCUGAGGUGAUAAAAUCAGAUAAUCUCAGGAGUGCUGCUAUUGUUGUCGUGCCACAGUAUUCGUGACAGCUUUGUUUAUGUUGAAGUGAGACACAAAAGCCAAAACGUUGUUUUUCUUUUAGUAGCAAAAAGGUGAUUUGGCUGGGAUGCCUCUUGGCUCUCUCUCUCCCCUUAGUCUGGUCACAGUAAUCAUUAGUUCAUAUCAAAAUAGGAUACCUCAGAAAAGGUACUGACUCAACAGCAAGGAUUGAAAAACAAACAGAAAACGUAUGUAAACUGAUACAUCUUAUUAUAUAAAAGAGAGUUUGAAAUUGCCUAUGUGAAGAAACAUCAUGGAAAGUUUGUUUACAGAUGGACAGAGCAGUGCAGUUAUUUCCUAUUAUCUAGUGACUGUUGGUUUGUUGGUCUUCAAAUGAUCAUAAGCAUAAGUAAUGUAUCUCCUUGCUUUAUUUAGGAUGCUAAAACUAAAAAAAAAGAAAAAGAAAAAAAGCAUUUUAAGCCUUUAAAGAUGUUUACCUCACAACCUUUAUUGCCCCAAAGUAAUAUAUACUUGGAAAUGUUGUAUUUAAGUUCAGAUUCAUAAAUGGAGAGCAAUAGUAGUAUAUCUCCAGGGCUGUUGUCAAGUGACUCUGCAGCCUGGCAGUCAUUGUGAAGUGCACCGGUGGAGUUGUAGCUCAAAAAUGCCUCCUGCCUUUGUAUUUUCUAUUGACCCAGAUUAUUUUAAUGCAUCCUUUUAUUGAAGUUGUAAACCCUUUUCAAGUGCAUAGGUAUUCUAUCUUUUAUCAGAAGUCAGGUAUGCUGUAAAUCUUGGCAUUGAUAGCUUUUCUUAAAUGGCUUAAGCUUAUUUAGAAAACAAACUAAGACAUUGCUAGAAUAGAACUGGUAAUGUGGAGAUGACAGCAGCUAUGUAUGGUUAGCCUGCAAAGGAAAGUUUGCCUGAAAUAAGACAGGCUAUAAAUCUAAAGCAUCAAAUUUAUUCCUGGCUUUAUUUUUAUAUAUAUAUAUAUAUAUAUAUAUUUGUCAAUUUUUAUAUGGCUUUGAGGGUUGGACCCUGUAAGCUACGUGUCUGUUAAAUGCUAGAAGCUUUAAUGGCAAAGUUUGGGUUAUUGAACUGUAGUGCCGGAUCAGAAGUGCUGUGCUGGGUGUGUUGUGCCUUAUUUGCUGAGUGAAGAGACACAGGUUUUGAAAUGCUUAUCUGUGCUUGAUUCAGAGCUUCGGUGGGGUGCAUGCAGAGCACUGGGAUCACUUCCUGAAUUAAGGUCAUGGUGCUUCCACCUGGCUUCCAAGUAACAGUGUGAAACUGGAGGAAAGGUAAUGGUUUCCCACCUUUAAAGCAACAUUUCUUAAAUACGUAUUUACCACAUAGAACUCGAUGAACAACAGGCUUUUCAAAACACUGGAGUAUUAACUCCUGCCAAGUAAACUAAGUUUAUGAUUUAUGUGGUGUUUGGUGGUUACCAAAUAAACUUUUGAGUGCUACGUUGAAA